AUGCCGUACUCGCAUCACAGUCACUCUGGCCAGUUCUGCGGACAUGCGCAGAACACACUCGAGGAAGUUAUCCAGGCAGCGAUAGCCAAAGGUUUCCAUACCUUUGCGCUGACGGAGCAUAUACCUAGACCUCUCGAAGACUUCUAUCCCGAAGAGUCCGAAUCGCACACCGCAGAGAGCCUCGCGAAACUGUUCGACGCCUUUAUCGUCGAAGCCCACAGACUUAGAGACGCGUACUCAGACCAGAUGCAGAUCCUCAUCGGUUUCGAGACGGAAUGGAUUCGUCCAUCGACACUGCAACUCACCCGAAGCAUCUUCGACAAGUAUACUUUCGACUUCUUCAUGGGCUCUGUCCACCACACGCACACCAUACCCAUCGACUACGACCGUGCCAUGUACGAACAAGCUCGGGAAAAGGCAGGCGGGACGGACGAGCGGCUCUUUGAAGAUUACUUCGACUCUCAGUACGAAAUGCUUCAAGAGCUGCGGCCACCAGUGGUCGGGCACUUCGAUCUCAUUCGCCUACUUAGCGAUCAUCGCGAUGUUGAUUUCAAGGGCAUGACUGGUGUUUGGGAAAAGAUCAAGCGCAAUCUGGAAUACGUAGCGUCUUAUGGCGCUCUACUGGAGUUGAAUUCAUCAGGGCUGCGGAAAGGUUUGGCCGAGCCGUAUCCGUGCUUGCCCAUAUGUCAGAUGUUCUUAAGCAUGGGAGGUGGUUUCGUCAUGUCUGAUGACAGUCAUGGGAUUGACCAGAUAGGUACAAACUAUGCGCGACUAUUGGCUUUCGUACAGAAGGCAGGGAUAGACCGGAUACAUUUUGCUGACCGGGCCGGUGAGCGCAAAGACAGCCGCUUCCCCAACGCGGGCUUCUCUAGCAUUGCUGUAACCGACCUGGCGCAAUUACCCUUCUGGGCCAAGAUAGGGUGA